CACUGUCAAAAGUUUUUGAGGUUAUGUUUGUUUACUUACAUUCUGCAAAGAUUUACGUAUUUAUAUAUUACAAUAUAAUAUGAUUUUGCUAAUAGUUAAGAAAAAAUGUAUGUUUUAUUAAGAACAACGAGAUCUUCGAGACUUCGUGUUAUAAACAAAAUCCUAAACAUCAAGAACUGCGAAUGUACACGAAACAUUCAUAAUGUGGGAUUGAAUGAUAUUCCUAAAAUAACAUCUACCGAUAUGCGUAAACUAUUAAGGCAAAAAGGUUUUGCUGUACAAGAUGGAUUCACUUCAUUGUCAACGAAAUGCUCAAUUUGUUCUAAUGAGGAAAAAAAAGAUAAUAAGAUUUAUAUUAACAAAACAACAGGUUAUUUUCUGUGCCCAAAAUGUAAUAUUCAUGGCGAUUGGAACCUUCUCGAGAGACUACUCAAGAAAACCAAAAUGGACACAUGUUUAAAAGAGUUCAUUGACAAUUGCCAAAACAAAUCCAAACAGUUUGAAACCGAUUGGGUAAAUAUUACAAAAAACACAGUACCAAUAUCUGAAUUAAAUGAUGGGGAGCUGUUAGAUCUUUUUAGAUUAUUUGAAUAUCCUUAUCAUCAUGAAAUCAACAAAACUUUGUCAGAUGUAAGAGUUUCUUCAGACCACACAAUAUUAUACUUUCCGCUCAAAAAUUCAUUAGAUAAUAUAGUGGGAUACCGUAAAGUCCAAGCUGGCAAGGAAGAUGAAGCUGAAAACCAUGGACUCCAUACAGCAGGCUUAUUCUCCUGUAGAGUGCCUAAGGUGAACCGCAGUGAUCAAGCUAUACUAGUGCCAAAUAUUCAAGAUAUUCUUCAUUUGGCUGCCCAUAAAAUACCAGGAACUCUUGUAUGGUUGAGUAAUUGCAGCUUACCACCGAUUGUAUUACCUGCACUGGAGAAUUACCAAAAGCUAUGCCUCUGGGGAGAUUGGGAUAACAUGCGAUCCGUUGCUGAAAAACUAAGCGAGGACCGUUGUCGAUUUGUCAGACCUACCGAUGGCCUGGUAACCGCAUCGGAAGCUGCUCAUGCACAAUUGUCUUUGAAAACGCUUGUGUCAGAGGCGAAACCUGCUGCACAUCGAUCCAUCACAACAUUUGCAGCCCUCCGAGAUGAUGUAUAUGCUGAGCUCACUAAUAUUGACAAGGUCCGUGGAACAAAAUGGCGGCGUUUUCCCGCGCUUACUCGUCUACUGGGCGGACACAGGCGUGGUGAACUGACCGUCCUCACUGGUCCCACCGGCUGUGGUAAGACAACACUGUGCGCAGAAAUGUCGUUAGACCUGGCACAACAAGGGGUGAACACACUUUGGGGAAGCUUCGAGAUACGAAACUCUCGAUUAGCACGGACAAUGCUCCAGCAGUUCGCGGGCGUCUCUCUGGAAGAGAACCUUCAAGAGUUCCAUAAAUAUGCAGACGAGUUCCAGAAGUUGCCAAUCUUUUACCUCGCGUUUCACGGACAGCAAACUAUUAAAGUCGUGAUGGAAGCUGUAGAGCACGCGCGAUAUAUGCAUGACAUAUCUCAUGUAGUAGUUGACAACGUACAGUUCAUGUUGGGUUUGGCUGACGAACGCGACGGUGACCGUUACCUCAGGCAGGAUGCCGUCAUAGCGGCAUUCCGAACCUUUGCCACGGCGAGGCAUUGCCACGUCACACUUGUCAUGCAUCCUAGAAAGGAGCGGGACUCUGAAGACUUAUCCACAAGUUCAAUCUUCGGUAGUGCUAAAGCCUCUCAAGAAGCAGACAACGUUCUUAUCGUACAGGACAAGAGAUUGACAGCAGUUCGCGGCAAAAAAUAUUUACAAGUCGCUAAAAACCGGUAUAGCGGAGACCUUGGUAUAGUGCCUUUAGAUUUUGAUAAGGAAUCUCUUAGCUACCAGCCGAAGAAAAAAGGCAAGACGAAAACAGACGAGCCCGAUAAACUACUUGACCAAUGCUUUGAAGAAUUUUCUAUAGAGGAUCCUCAAUUUAGUAUAAAUAAAACGACGAAACGGGAUUGGAGUCAGAGAAAGACGAAUUCAACUAAGAAUAAAAAGGAAGUGGAAAGUUUUCUCAGUGAUAUCUUGAAUUCGAAUAGAACUAGAUAACGGUGAAUCAUAAAAGUGUAAUUUUAAUGUAUUUCUUUGUAUAUACGCGAAUGAAUAUAACUGUAUGAUUUGAGCAUGUAGUUGACUUAACCAGUUUAGUUAGAUACUCGUAAAAAUUAUUCUAACCAUUGAUUAAUUAUUUUAUCAGGUUGCUGUUCAACUUAGUAGUAUGGUAUUACACGAAAGGCAUAAAAAAAGUUAAUAUGAAUAACCACUAAAAGUUAAUCGUGAUAAAUAACUCCAAUUAGUUAACCACCGAUAAACGGUAUCAUUAACACAUUUAAAUACCUAACUUUUAUUUUAAUAAUCGAUUUUCUUAACUAUUCUAA